AUGGCAGAGAGUAACGAAAGAAUACUUGUCGACUCCGGCGAUGAGUACGCCUCCCAGUAUGUGGCGACCGACUCCGAGGUAACAUCGAUGCGCAGCAGCAUCGCCAACUAUGUUUACGAAAAUGGCCGACGCUACCACGCGUAUCAUGCGGGAUCGUACUGGGGAUCUAACGACGAGAAGGCCAUUGACGCGAUGGAAAUCUGCCAUCAUCUCUAUGGGCUGUUGUUACAUGGCCGAUUGUACCUCGCCCCGAUCAAGAAUCCACAGCGAGUGCUUGAUGUUGGAACGGGAACUGGGUCCUGGGCCACCGACUUUGCCGAUCUUCACCCGGGGGCAACGGUUAUUGGAACCGAUCUCUCGCCAAUCCAGCCUAGCCUUGUGCCUCCCAAUGUGUAUUUUGAGAUUGACGACUGCUGUGAUGAGUGGGUAUACAAAACUCCAUUUGACUAUAUCCAUGUUCGCGGGCUAUACGGGUGCGUGGCGGAUUGGGGCGGGUUUUACCAGCAGGCUCUGAAGAACCUUCAGCCAGGUGGAUAUUUGGAGCAGGCCGAGAUGAGUGUGACCCCAGUCUCGGACGACGGAAGCACGACAGGGACAGUGUAUGAGAUAUGGGGCGAGAAAAGUCUUGAAGCGGGCGAUAAAUUCGGCAAAACCCUGCGCAUAGUGGACGAGUCGAAACAGCGGAUGACGGAGGCUGGUUUCGUUAACGUUACAGAACAUCGGUACAAACUACCCAUCGGCCCCUGGCCAAAAGACCCGCAUCUGAAGACUCUGGGUCGGUAUUGUCGCAUCGUCAUAGAGGAAAGCCUGGAGAUGUGGGCAAUGAUGUUGUGGACCAAGAUUCUGGGAUGGUCGAGGGAAGAGGUUGAAGUAGUUUUUGCCAAAAUGCGUGACGCACUAAAUAAUCCCAGUAUCCACGCAUACGUCGAGAUAUCGGUGGUUUAUGGACAGAAGCCAAACGUCUAG